AGAAGAAAGAUAUACUUCAGUAGCCAUUUUCCCCCUUCUAUGCUUGUCAAAAUCAAAUGGGGUUGGGCUUAUUACAUCUACAUUCCCAUCAAAAUCACUCACAGACCCAUAAUAAACAGAUUCUUGCUGCAACUUUGCAGCAAAGGGACAAGAAGAAGAAGAAUCUGCAAUGGCCAAGGAAGUUUAUAGUCGAUCAUGGCUGGCUGGUUUGGUUUUAUUUUAACAGGAAAACAGAGAUGAAUUGAAAAGAGCAAAAUUCUAAUAGUUGGGUCGAUUUCAAGUCAGCACAAAAGUCAAGGCUUGUUUGGAAUAAAGCAGCACAAAGGGAAUUAUUCCCCCAUUGACACUCGAGAGAGAGAAGAAAAAUCUCAGUCUUAGGCGUUUCAGAGAAAGAAUGCGCCACAUGCCUUUCCCUUUUGCUCUGUUUUCGGCUCUGGGUUCUGUUUCGAGUUAAUGGAGCUCUUGAAUCCUCCAUAUCCUCCUCAUUUCUCUCCUUCUCUAAACGCCCUUCAUGACUUUUAUUCCUCUUCCACUUUGCUUCCUCCGAUGCUGAACCCUCGUUUGCGUGGUGUUGUCGAAGAAGCUUCUGGCGGCGACGGUGGUGAUUUUGUUUAUGUGGCUGUUGGGAAAUCAGUUGAGAAGUCUACGAGUUUGCUUCGGUGGACUUUCCGUUGUUUUCGUGAUAAAGAAAUUCGGCUCCUCCAUGUUCAUCAGCUUUCUUCUGUCAUACCCACGCUACUCGGGAAACUACCUGCAAGCCAGGCGAAUACGGAUGUGGUGGCUGCAUAUAGGAAGAAGGAGUGGGAACAAACAUCUCAGCUUCUUGAAAAUUACUUGCGUUUCUGCCAUAGAGCCAAGGUCAAAGCCGGUAUUGUUAUAAUGGAAGCUGAACAAGUUCAGAUAGGGAUUGUAGAUUUGGUUAACAAAUACAGAGUUAGGAAGCUUAUCAUGGGGACUAUGGCUGAUAGUUGUGUGAGAAUGAAAGUAAAGAAGAGCUCUAGUAAAGCAGAUUAUGCUGCUAGAAAUAUCCCUUUGCCAUGUGAGAUAUGGUUUAUCAACAAAGGGAACCAUGUAUGGACCAGAGAAGCUGUUGAAGGCUCAUGUUCUGCUUCAUCAUUGGUGCUGCCCGAGCUGGGUAUCACAGAAAUUUUUCGGGCUCAGUCAUCUCUAGAUGAUAACAGCCACUCAUUCAACCAGCAAUGUUCUCAGUCUAGCUCUGCUAAUGGUAUAAUUGAAGGCUUCAAUUGCAUUGAUACGGAACCCCUUCAUGUAGAAGGUGUUAUGUUGAGUUCUUCGGAUAUGCAUAUACAUUUACCCCCUUUGCAGAUUUCUUCCAGUUCAGCAAGUACGAGCUCUGAUUCAGGAUAUUCAUCAGUUGAAGGGAGGGAGCCAUCAGGCUCUGAUUCAAAGGUUGAGGAAAGGGGUUUAAAUGGUGAACUUAAAGAUGCCAUUAGAGAAGCAGAGGCGUCAAGGAAUGAAGCAAUUGCGGUGCAUUUAAUAUGUAGAAAGAUGGAACAAGAAGCUGCAGAAUCCAUAAAGAAAUUCAAGGUCUUCAAAUGUGUCAAUGAACGUGAAAUUGAUCGUAGGAGAGAGACUGAGGAAGUGCUGAGGACUAUUAUGGAAAAGAAGAAAACUCUCUCAGAAGAAAGAACUGAAAUACGUGAGGAGCUAGAGAGGACCAUAAAAACUCUUGCUUUUCUUGACAGUCAGGUUCGGGAAGUAAAUCAAAAGGAUGAAGAGGCCACUGCUGAACUCAAAAAUAUACAAGCAUCAAUUGCAGCUCUCAAGAAGGAAAAGCAGGCAAUACAAAGCCAAAAGAUGAAUGCUCUGAAUUGGCUGUCCCAAUGGAAAAGUCAGGAGGCUGCAUUGGAAAAUUACAACGGAUCAAUGGGAUUUGUGGAGAACCAAACUCAGCUGACUGAAUUUACAUUCUUGGAACUACAGAUGGCCACAUGUGAUUUUUCUGAAAGCUUCAAGAUUGCUCAGGGAGGAUAUGGUUGUCUUUACAAGGGUGAAAUGUUGGGUAUGACAGUUGCCAUAAGGAAGUUGCAUCCACAUUAUAUAAUAGGCCCGGCCGAGUUUCGAGAAGAGGUUGAAGUAUUGGGUAAACUGCAGCACCCUCAUUUAGUGACUUUGCUUGGUGUAUGCACAGAAGCCUGGUCCCUGGUAUAUGAGUACUUACCCCAUGGGAACCUCCAAAGUCACCUUUUUCGAAAAGGCAACACUCCUCCAUUGACAUGGAAGACUCGGGCACGAAUAAUUGCCGAAAUCGGAAGUGCCCUUUGCUUCUUGCAUUCUUCAAAGCCUGAAAAGAUUGUCCAUGGGAAUCUGAAGCCUGAAAACAUCCUUUUAGAUUCUGAAUUCAUCUCCAAGAUCUGUGAUUUUGGUAUUUAUAGGAUGGUAUCUGAAGAAACACUAUACUGCCCAAGUUUUAGGCAGAGCACUGAACCAAAGGGUGCCUUUUCACAUACAGAUCCAGAGUGUCAACGAGAUGGAGUUCUGACUCCCAAGUCUGACAUUUACUCCUUUGGGCUGAUCAUUUUGCAGUUGCUCACUGGAAAGCCAAUAGUUGGAUUAGUAAGUGAGCUGCGUAAGGCCAUUUCAUUUGGUCAACUCAAGUCGGUUUUAGACUUGUCUGCUGGAGAGUGGCCUAUAGAUGUUGCAAGGAGGUUAAUAGACAUUGGUCUACAAUGUUGUGAACUGAAGGGCAGUGAUCGACCUGACCUGACACCUACUCUUGUGAGAGAAUUAAAACAACUGCAAAUCUCUGAAGAGAGGCCUGUGCCAUCUUAUUUCUUGUGCCCCAUUCUUCAGGAGAUCAUGCAAGAUCCUCAAGUGGCCGCAGAUGGCUUUUCUUACGAGGGAGAAGCAAUACGUGAAUGGUUAAACAAUGGUAGAGAAACUUCUCCGAUGACGAAUUUGAAACUCAGUCACCCGCAUCUCACUCCAAAUCAUGUUGUGCGUCUCGCCAUUCAAGAUUGGCUUUGCAGAGUUUGAAAUUUUCAUUUAUCUAACAAUUAUGAUCUAAUUGUCGUAUAAUAUGUUGUUAAUAUUAGUAUCACGUGUCUAAUAUUCCAAAGCUAGCCUUCUUCAAUGUAGAUACUUGAAAUUUUUCAGAAAUAAAAAUAUAUCAUUGCUCUA